AUGUUACGAUUACAUUCAAUGUCUUUUGCUCAUGUUGUUGGUAGGUUCAACCACAAUAGUGGUGGUUGUACGCCGACAACGACAGCAACUAGAAUACUCAUCGGUAGUGGAGGGAUAGGCAACUAUGGUCCGAGAUAUCUAUGCUCAACAACUAGAUCUAAUUUGGUAGUAGAUACUCCUCAGCAACAUCAAGUCAUAGAUAUGAUGAGUAAUAGCAAUAAUAAUAAUAAUAGCAACCCAACAAUAACAUUGGAUAAAAGAGGUCGAAAGAGAAUAUCGUAUGGUAAAUUCAAAGAUCAUUUGAAUCAAGCAAGAUCACAAGAAGAUCAUUUGAAUCAUGCAAGAUCAAAAGAAGAUGAUAAAGAAUAUAACAACAACGACAACAAGGAGGUGGAAUACAAUAACAAAGAUAUUGUAACUUCGGUAGAGGGAUACGAACCAAAAGGAAAACAUAAUGGUAUUGGUGCAUUACAAUAUCUGUUUGAAGAGGCAUGGAGAAAGCAGCAUGUUCGGAAAGCGGCACUUGAUGGAGUAGAGGCUGACCCUGUGAUAGUGCCGACAAGAGGGGUAUUUGACCUACCAUACUUGGAGGCACGGAAUGGCGACUACCUCUUUUAUCAUGGGGAGACUACAGGUGGUAUAUCACAUGGCAAGGUGAUGUCGGUUGAUACAUACCAUUAUUUGGUUAAACCAACUGAUCCGCCCGGCCCACUAGUCAAGGUGAAAAAGACAACCGUUGCUAUUGUUGUGCCAUUUCACUACCUCGACGUGCAAAAGGAGUUACGUGGCGCAAUCGAUCGUUUAGAAUCAUUCUUGGGAAUGAAAACUGACAUUGAUCCAAAGACAUCGUAUCCAAACGCGUUGGUUAACUUUGUCUCACGGAUUUCUCAACGUGUUGGGGAAAAGGUUGACCAUUACGAAUUUGAAAAUGUGUUUACACGUACCAAUCACAGAGAAACUACAAUGUUAAACAUUGCACCUGUGUUGGCACAGGAGCAGAUACACCACGACUAUCACUAUAUUAGACAGGCCGCCAUAUGGCUCUUUGGCCCGUUGACCAAACAUUUGCAAGUUACACCCGACCCGUUUGUCGAGUUGCUUGCCUUUGCCUUUAGACCACUUCAAAUCAAGAAUGAAAAAGAUAUACCAGAAUUAAUUUUAAAGUUGGCAAAGCAUUUGGAGAAUAAUCUACAGCGAUGUAACAAAACACCAAAGACAGAUAACAAAUAUGAAGGUAGAUUACUUGCGACAACCAAUUAUGGAAUGCAUCCACCAUUUCAACAAUUUGGAUUACCAGAAAUACCAAAAUUCCCUGAUAAUCGAUUAGACCCAAUUUCCAAACAUUAUACCACCCCUUCAUUUAGAAUUAAGUCACCGUUGACACAAUCCAAGGAUGAUAUAGCACUUGGACUAUACCAAGAAAAUGAUACCGAUUAUCUUUUAAUUCAUGUUCCAAAUAUUGCUCAUAUUAUUGAAAAUAGUCAUUUUAUUGAUAAUUGGGCUGCUAAAAGAGGACAAGCUGUAGAAUUAUCAAAAUCAAUCGUUCCAAUGAUACCAUUUGGGUUAACAGAGUAUCUUAGAAUGAAACCAAAUAAAACAUCGGAUUGUUGGACAUUCCAAAUUGAAUUGGACAAGAGUACCGGUGGAAUCAAGAUGGAUGCAGAGACUAUGGAAAUAUCGCAUUUCAAACUAUACCCAUCCAAAGUGGAUAAUAUAGUGAUGGUAGACUCUAACACACAAGAUAUUGAAGAGAUUGAUCCCAAGAGACCACCAAUCAAAGCUAAAAACAUCGUAUUGGCAGACAUGCCACAACCAAAACAACUACAAAAGAUAUUUGGUAUUUUAAAGAUGAGAAAUGGUAAUCGUACACAAUCACUCUUUUCAUCGCCUCAUUAUCGUGGCAGAUACGUCUAUAAUAGAGAGACUGAUAGUCACGAGUUUGUAGCUUCGUGUUUGGCUAGUUUUAUGGCGACUGAAGCUACUAUUACAGCCAAUCAUCUGGCAUCGGUCUAUUGUCUUCAAAACAAACUAUCGAUACCACAUAUUGGUCAACCCAAUCCAAACGCAUCAAACUUUCCAAUUGAAACACUCGGACGUGUUUACAACCAGACAUCCGUUUUACACGAGUACUCUAAAAUCUAUCGUCCUGAUAAAAUCACACUUUCCAAACCAACGCCACUUCACAUACAACCUAUUUACAUACACUGGGUUUGCAUCACCCUCUUCCUACUAUCUCGACAUUUUCGUUCAAAAACAAAUAGCUGCAUUUCAAAUCGACCCUCAAGAAAUGGUCCUUUCCCAGGAUCAUCAAGCACUUGA